AUGAAGGCCUCCCUGCUCUUCGUCGCUGCCCCGGCCGUCCAGGCCGCAGUCUCCUACAUGGCCGCAGUCCCCGAAUCCCUCAUGGCUAAGGUAGAAUCCUCCGACUGCACCCUCCCGGACGACUUCCAGAUCCAAAACUUCGCUGCUGAGUCGCCGGACGGUGGCCAGACGGUCGAGUCCCUAAACUUCAACUUCAACGACGACAGCGCAAUCUUGAGCACGCCGUGCCAGCUCAACGCCUCGUCGGUUCCCGUGACGAGUGACGGCCGCACGCCGCGGUACGCCUGCGACGACGCGCGCGUGCAGUUCAUCUGGCAAAACGGAACGAUCACCGUGAUUGAGAAGGUCUGCCCCGGUGACGACGGUGCCGCCGACUAUGAGGCGUCAGGAACGGCCGUCGUUCCGGUGGUGUGCGACGGGGCCGCCGGGAACGGAACGGGCAACGCUGCUCGGCAAAGGCGCCGCAACAGCAGGAGGGCCGUUGCGUGUAAGUCCAACUCGGACGACAUUCGCUCGAGGUUCUUCAGCAUCCAGCCUGUCCCGGGCGGCGGCGAGGCGUAG